ACCAAGACAUAGCUUCAUCAAAAAAUUAUAUUACCAAAGGAAUUAAGCACAACCAAAAACAAUGAACAUUUGCUCCUUCUUCUUUGGCCUUACCUUGGUCAUUCUCUUUUCAGGGAUUCACUCAGCAACUCUCACCGUGAAGAACAAUUGUCCCUACACAAUAUGGCCAGCAACCCAAACUGGCGGUGGUGCAGCCCAGUUAUCAAACACUGGCUUCGAGUUAGUCUCCCAAAAUUCAGCCACCCUUGACACUCCUGCUUCAUGGAGCAGUGGCAAGUUGUGGGCUAGAACACAAUGCUCAUCAGACUCCUCCGGAAGAUUCACCUGUGCUACAGCCGACUGCGGCUCUGGCCAGGUUGAAUGCAAUGGUGCGGGGGAAGUCCCGCCUGCAUCCCUCGCAGAAUUCACACUGGGAUCAGCCGACGGUACAGACACUUACGACAUUAGCCUCGUGAAUGGUUUUAACUUACCUGUCUCGAUAACUCCACAAGGCGGCUCCGGUCAAAAUUGCACCACGACCAAUUGUGGCGUUGACAUUAAUGCAGAAUGUCCGUCGGAUCUGGCUAUUAAAGACUCUAAUGGGGGCAUCAUCGGUUGUAAAAGUGCUUGCGCUGCGUUCAAUGAACCGAAGUACUGUUGCACUGGCACCUACAAUUCGCCAGAUACUUGCAAAGCCACGAACUACUCAAUGUUCUUCAAGAACAAGUGUCCUCAAGCUUAUAGUUUUGCUUAUGAUGACCACUCAAGCACCUUCUCUUGCACCGGCGGCCCCAAUUACCUCAUUACUUUCUGCCCAUAAUUAAUGAGUUCCACUUCUAUGUGAUAAUAUAAGGGUUAUAAUGAAGCUAAAAAUAAAUAAAGUUGGAUAUAUCACUAAAAGGCAUGUGUGAUCUUGUAGUAGAAUUAGUAUUUUUAGUAAAGGGUUUAAGGGUGU